AUGUCGAGCUACCCUCAUCUUCCCCAGACGAUGCUGCAAUAUCCGGGUCCCGAUAUCUUCUCGGAACCCAACUACAAGACGCUGGCGGGCUACCCACAGACCACGGCGAAUCAUGUCGCAACCGAUCCCAAGCUGCGCAUGCCGAGUGGAGCCAUGCGAUGCGACUCGACGCGUAAAGAUCUCGUCGAAGAAUACUUCAACUUCCUCGACGCGAAUCGCGCGCGCGAACUCUAUCACGCGAAAGUGCACGAGAUCCUUGGGAGCUCGUUGAGGCUUUUGUCGUACAGCUGGAAGAAGGAGGCGGCGGUGCUGAAUUUUUGGAUACACUUGAUCAGCAGCGUCUUUCAACCGUUGGCCGAGGUGGUGCUUACCCAGGUCCUCGCAGAACGCAACGACCCUCGUCAGGACUGUCUUGUACACCCGAUUCACGUUGAGCCGGCGAUCCCAGAGUUGACGUCUGGUCAAAGCGGCGACCUUGACAUCCUUCUCCGCUCGGGCAAAUACAUAUGGUCGGCGUUUUCGAUGGAGCUGAAGGCCGACUCAGUGAUGCACAGCAUAGCGUAUCCUUCCCGCCUACGAACUAUCCACGCCGCGCCCCGAUUCCGACUCGAAGAUGCUCGACGGGUCAAGCUCGAUCCCACCGGUACCAGCUCAGCGGCUAUCGCGCUGCUAACCAAGGUAAGAUGGAGAAGUUGAUUCGUGCCGGGAGACCCAACUGACGUUUUCUUUGGCUCGGCUCCAACGUAGGGCUGUUUACAUGCUGAUCACGCCUCAACUCAACACUCAAAAAAAGCGGAUCCGACCAACAAGCAGCAGGAGGCCAACCCGGUCAAUGUCGUGUACUUUCUCGCUGCGGGCGCGCGACUCUCGAUGAUUGGUCAACUGGGUGCGCGCACAGUCCCUCCUUGCUAUGUCAUACGGUACCGAAAGUGA